GACUUGGCUGCCAGAGGAUUUUCCGAAGCUAUUUUUUUCAAAUUGUUUUCCGGCUUUUAAACAGAAAGUAGGAUGGUCCCUCCUCACUCAGCCCCGGCAUCUGAGAGAGUUUUCACCCAGAGUGUCACAACGUUUUGUUUUGAGAGUGUGUGAGAGGUAGAUCCUGGAGGCUGGAAAUGUAAUCACAACGCCCAGUUUUCCUGUGUUUAUAAUACUGCCCUCCAGGAAACUGCCUUCAAUCCCUGUCUGCACUGACAGCCCUCACUAUGCACCUCCAGCCUGCCCUCAUCCUUGUGCUCUGUGCCUUCCUCGGCUAUGGUCAGACACUCAAGUGUUAUAAAUGUUCCAGUCCCAAGUGUAACACGACACGGAUGGGUGUGGAGGAUUGUGGAGUUGGCCAAGUGUGUAUGACCAUGUCAACGUGGCAGUUCCAAGGUGAUGUGAUGUUGAAACACUCCUGUGUGCCCAGGAAGGACUGUGUAAACAUCAGCCUCAACCUGGGAAGUAUCAGGAAAGUGGUCAGUUGCUGUAAUCGCGAUCUGUGUAACACUAAGCCAGUCAGCCAGGAAAGCAAUCAAACAUGUGUCGGCUGUUUGGAGAUGCUGAACGAUUUUAAGUGCGCCAAGAAAGGGCAGAUACGCUGUCAGGGGACCCAGACCAAGUGUGGGAGGCUUCAACACUUCCUCUCGGACACCGGUCGCAAUUUAACAAUCGAUUUCCAAGGAUGUCUCUCUGACUCGAUUUGUCGCCUGAAUUCAACGCAGAUGAUAUUUGGAAUGGAACUGCAGAAAGGCUUUGAGUGUUGUGAUGACCGACUGUGCAAUGGGAGUGCAAGAACCGAGUUGGGAGCUCUCUGUACUCUCUUACUGAGCUUGUAUCUGCUUAUCAUCAGUCUCGACUGACCCCCUGUGAUGUUCUCAUGUGUACGUCGCUCUGUUUACCUGUAAAUACCUCCCUUUAUUUAUCGGAAUCUCCCUCUGUAUUUAUUGCGAAUUCCUGAUCAUUUUGUUGGAAAGGGGGAUCUGGGGAAAUGAGUUGAAGGCUUUGCCCUGGGACUGAGUGGAACCCAUCGCAACACUCUCGAUCGAUGUUUUAUCGCUUUUGUUUCUGACAGAUGUCUGCCUGUGCUGUGUCUCCGAACCCCCAGGGCUCCCCUCCCUCCCUCACUCUCCACACCCCCCUCCCCUAAACCCCCCAACUGACCCCCUCGUCCACUCCGAACCCUAACCCCGUUCCCUACGCCGGACCGCGUCUCCCCCACUCUCUCGGACAGACCCCUCAGGACCCUAACCCCGUUCCCUACACCGGGCCGCGUCUCCCCCACUCUCUCGGACAGUCCCCUCAGGACCCUAACCCCGUUCCCUAUACCGGGCCGCGUCUCCCCCACACUCUCGGACAGCGUACUCCAAACCGAGACCACAGUAGGACGCCAUUCAGGGGCCUACCCCUGCUGCUAGCCCCUUGUUUUGAUGUUUAAAAAAAAGAGGCCAUUGGAGAAGUUAGUGCUUUUGUUUAUUGAUGUGGUGUUGUUUUUACAUUGUAAAUAUACAGGAUAUUAAUGUCUAUUAAAAAUACGGCUCUCUCA